CAAGGCUAUAGUUGCAGGAUAUGGUUCUAUUCCCCAGUUAGCUCAGCCUACCUCAUUGCCUGGAAUGACACGAGGAGGCAAAUGCCAGAGGCUCUGGACCCUCUUCCCCUGGGCCAUGGAUUGAUGGUGCUGGGCCAGUGCCCUUUCCCCACUGUGUUGGGAUAAGAGGCAGCCAUCACAGUCACAAUGCUCCCGGGUCACAGAGGUGCCAGGCCGUAGGGCAACCUCUUACUGAGAAGUUCCCUCCGGGAACAUCUUCUGGUGGGUACUACAGGCCUUAUUCCGGGCCUAUGGCCUGUGGAACCUCACCACUGGGGGGAAGGCUGGGCCUGUCAGAGUCAUCAUCUGUGGUACCAGCCUCAUGGAUGAAAUGGAGUGGACACAAAAACAUCCCAAGGCAGAAGAUCUAAGGAUUGGGCUUCUCAACUGGGCAGGAACCUACCUCACCUUUGAAGCAUACAAGAAUGCAGUCACAACUACUGCAAAGAGUUUGGGCAGAAAACAGACCUGGGAGCUCCUGGUUAGCAAUGAACAUGAGACACAGGCUGUAGUACGACUGAAGAGCUUGCAGGGUCUCUAUGUUCUGUGUGAGGCAGAUGGCACUGUAUGUUAUGGCCGGCCAAAGAACAGCCACCAUGGAUGCUUCCUACUCCGUUUUCACCGGAAUGGCCAGUGGACCCUCCAGUGUAUAGUCUCUGGUCGUUAUCUGGAGUCCGAUGGUGAGGAUGUAUUCUGCAACUCCCAGGUCCUCUCAGCUUACCACAUGUGGACCCCCCGGCCAGCCCUGCACGUCCAUGUGACCCUGUAUAGCCCCAUCUACCACAGCUAUGCCCGGGCUGACCACACUGUGGGCCGCAUCUGGGUGGAUGCAGCAGUCCCUUGCCUGGAAGAAUGUGGCUUCUUGUUGCACUUCCAAGAUGGAUGCUACCACCUGGAGACCUCUACACACCACUUCUUGUCCCAUGUAGACCGGCUGGUUGCCCAACCAUCAUCACAGACAGCUUUUCACAUGCAAGUGCGGCCUGGAGGGCUUGUGGCACUGUGUGAUGGAGAAGGGGGCACGUUAUAUCCACAUGGCACACAUCUGCUCCUGGGCCUUGGCUCCAAUCCCAUGAGGGGCCAGGAGUGGUUCAUCCUACAGCACUUCCCAACCUGGGUCAGCCUCAGGUCAAAGUCCCGGAAGUUCAUUUCAGUCAUCUACGAUGGUCAGGUGUGUGCUACCUCUGAGCACUUGACCCCAAUGUCAUUGUUCCAGUUUGAAUGUGACUGUGAGAACCCUACCUUGCAGCUUCGUUCAGCCAGUGGCUUCUACCUAGCCCAGAGGCGACAUAGGUCAGUGAUAGCUGAUGGUCACCCGAUGGAGUCUGACACCUUCUUCCGUGUGCACUGGAAUUGUGGCAAGAUUAUCCUGCAGUCUCCCAAUGGGCGCUUCUUGGGCAUUGCAGCCAAUGGCCUGCUGAUGACCAAUGCCACCAUUCCAGGUCCAAACGAGGAGCUGGGGAUUCGAUUUGCCAACCGGCCUUUCCUUGUUUUGCGAGGUCGGUAUGGGUAUGUGGGCUCCUCAUCAGAGCAUGACCUCAUACAGUGCAAUAUGGAUGAACCUGACUGCAUUCACCUCCUGCCCUGCCGCCAGGGCAUCUACCACUUCCAGGCACAGGGUGGAUCCUUCUGGUCAAUAACAUCCUUUGGCUCUUUCCGCCCUUGGGGAAAGUUUGCCCUCAACUUCUGUAUAGAACUUCAUGGAAGCAACUUGCUCACAGUGCUGGCACCCAAUGGUUUUUACAUGCGAGCCGACCGAAGUGGCACCCUAUUGGCAGACAGCGAAGACGUUACCAAAGAGUGUAUCUGGGAAUUUUAG